GGCAUCGAUACUUGCAGUUGUGUCGUGAACUAUUUAUUGUAUUUAGCGUUUUAUAAACAAAUCAAAUAAUGGCUGCAAAUAAUACGCCCGAAGAACAUUUCGAAGGCGCCGAUUUCGAUGAAGAUGCGGAUGAUGAGCAAAUGGUUUCUACAAAUGCGGGCCGUAAGCGUCUGUUUAGCAAGGAGCUACGCUGUAUGAUGUUUGGCUUUGGUGACGAUAAAAAUCCCUAUACGGAAACAGUUGAUCUACUGGAGGAUCUUGUCAUUGAGUACAUUGCAGAAACCACACACCGCGCCAUGGAAAUUGGACGCACCGGACGUGUACAAGUGGAGGACAUCAUAUUUCUGGUGCGCAAAGAUCAGCGCAAGUAUGCCAGGGUCAAGGAUUUGCUGACCAUGAAUGAGGAAUUAAAGAAGGCGCGCAAGGCAUUCGAUGAGAUUAAGUACGUGGGCACCGAGGGAAAGCUCAAAUGACACAAGAAGAAAAAGCGGAGCACAACCUAGAAUUAAACUUAACUUUAAGCAUAACUAAUACUUUAUUUGUAAACAUGUUGUACAU